CCGGUGUUGCCAGUUCAUCGUUCGAUCACUUCCACGUCGCCCUUAAGCUACCACUCUUCGGCCUCCCCCUCCCCCUUUGUGAUAGAGAGAAUCGGCAGUCACUUAACUCGGCCUUCUAACCCAUCAUCACCAUGGCUUUCAAGACGGUUGCCGUAGUCGGGGCCUCGGGCACCUUGGGCAGGCCCAUCGUCCAAGCCCUCCUUGCAGCCGGCUUCCAAGUGACGGCCAUCUCCCGGGAAACUUCCAACUCGACCUUCCCAGACGGCGUCGAGGUCCGAAGGGCGGACCUCAGCUCCGUCGCGUCCCUGACCAAAGCAUUCGCCGGACAAGACGUUGUCGUCAUCACGGUGCCCGCCCAGGAGUCGGGCAACCAAAACCAGUACAUCGACGCCGCCGUGGCCGCCGGCGUAAAACGCUUGAUCCCCGCCGAGUGGGGGUUCAACACGCGGCCGGGCAAGCUCAGCGCCGACCUAGCCGUCGUGCUCGGCGGCAAGACCAAGACGGUCGACUACCUGCUGCAACAGAUCAAGUUGCACCCGAGCCUGACCUGGACGGGGAUUGCAAAUGGGACGUUUCUUGACUGGGGCUUCGACCACGGUGUCUACGGCAUCAACCUAGCCUCCAAAACCGCCACCAUCUACGACUCGGGCGACGAGCCCGUCCCGGCGUCCACGCUCCCUUUCAUCGCGCAGUCGGUCGUCGCCGUGCUGCAGCGUCCCCCGGAGCAGACGGCGAACCGGUACUACGAGGUCGUCGAGCAGACUGUCACGCAGAACCAGCUGCUGCGGCUGUUUGAGGAGGAGACCGGCGCCAAAUUUGACGUGACGCGUGUGAGCACCAAGGACCUUGCCAAAGUCAGGGACGAGAAGCUGGCGGGGGGGGACGCGAGCGCUUUCUUUCUGGUGCUGUGUAUCGGUACCUUUGCGGAUGGGGCUAGGCAGGCGGUUAGGGAGGAGGAUAUUGCGAAUGGGGAAUUGGGGUUGCAGGCGAAGGGGCUAAGGGAGAUUGUGAGGGAGUAUGUCAAGGCGAAGGGUGCUUGAUUUUGUGUGAGUCGUCAACAAGCGCGGGAUUGAGACUCUGACUCCUUCGGUUGAGAAACAAAGUAUGGAACGGAACGGCCUGGCUCAUGAGAAGGCUGCACCGCAACGAGCAAGAAGGCCGGGUCCAGUUCGCUCGUUCCAAGAUUGCACUAUAACGCUCCCGCUCCUCAACACCCAGAAGUAUUGGAUGUAAGGUCGGAACAGGACCAGGCUCCCCAAGGCCAUUCGAUCGGCAAGGGAAACCUCCGGCAAACUCUCAUACAGGCAUGUGCCUGAGCUUUUGUUUUCCUUCUCAUUCAUCCCUUCAUCCCGUCAUCGGUUCGCUGAGGGUGGCGGUGAAAGAGGAUCUGAGUGAGCUGAAAGUGCGCACUGAUUGUUCCGUCUUACUCUCAUCUGCUCAAUGUAGUACACAUCUCGUAU